CAGACGUAAUAUUUGUUUGGUAUUGUCAACGUAAUCAAAUUUUUGCAUGCUGUUUCAAUUCUUUAAGUCCUUUUCAGUACAAAUCAGCAGCUGAGGUUCGUGCUUAGAGCACAAACAUCUGAGUGUGGUUGACCAACAUGUUUCCUGUUGCUCUAGCAAAAAAAAGCAGAUGUCACACAGCUAACAGGAAAGUUCGCGCCUGAGCAGAUGCACGAGUCUCAUCAACGCAUCCUGUACAUGUGCAACUUAAUGCAAUGUGGGUUCUCAGGGUCUUCAGCGCCGUUUACCUCACUGCUGUUUGUUGGGCUCCAGAUCCACAAAAUGAUAAUACUUCAGCUAGUCCUCUGCUAACAGUGAGACCAACUGUCUAUGAGCCUCCCAUACCAUCUCUGCAGCAGCAGCAGCCGACCUGGUUGGAUGUGUUCCCCUCUGAGAAAGUGGUUUUCAUUUGCAACAUCACUGGCAGUUCUGACUGGACCUUCACUUGGUCCAGGGAUAACAAGCAAAUACAAAGUUCGGACCCCAAUGUGCUUACGUCUGCAGGUGGAUCAGUGCUCACAAUUACUGCAGCACAAAUACAUUCUGGAAGUUAUACGUGUAAAGGUCUUCACACCACAAAGGGCGUUGCCACUGCAGAUAGUAACCCUCUCACACUCAAAGUUUCUGCAAACAAACCCAAGCCCACUCUGAGCCGAAGUUCAAAUUUUGACAAGAUGUUCCCUGGAGAGUCUAUCACCUUCACAUGCAAGGUUGAGGAGUCAUCCGGAUGGGAAUAUUUGUGGUACCACAAUGACACUGAAAUUAAAGCAUCUUUACUAAGUACUUAUAAGAUAGUAUCUAUCGAUAAAACUAACAGUGGAUACUAUUACUGCAAAGCCAAGAGAGGCCAAGCCCCGUUCUACACAGACAAGAGUGAAACAACAAUUCUGCAGGUCUCUGACCCACCUAAACCAGACUUGAAGCUGGACACUCAGUGGAUGGAUGUGUUUGAUAAUGAGACGGUGGAGUUGAUGUGCGAAAUACCAGAUCCAUUCAUCAACUCUGACUGGGAAAUCACCUGGUACAAAGAUCACCAGAAGAUUGAAACGGACAACGAUCUGGACGUAGAUCCAGAGGAACAAUUGCUCAACAUCACCUCGGUCAGUCAAGCUUAUCAGGGAGGCUAUACCUGCGAAUUUCGUGAACAAUCCAGGGGAUUCAACUCUGGAGUCAGCAACACAGUCAAUAUCACAGUUUAUGAUGGCAUACCCAAACCAAAACUAAGAAAGGAUCCUGAUUCUGACCCGAUGUAUUUUGGAGAAACAGUUAACUUUACUUGCAGUGUUGAUGUGUCCUCGGGCUGGGAAUAUAAGUGGUACAAAGAUGGAAAUGAUCUCUCUGAAACCAGCCAAAUCAUCAGCAUCCAAGUUGGGAGUCUAACUACUGGGAACUAUAUGUGUGCAGCCUCCAGAGGUGACACAACAUCCACAGACAACAGUGAGGUAAUACGACAAGAUGCUCUUGAAAUCCCUGUUCCAUCUCUGAAGCUAAUAACAUCGUGGUCGGAUGUUUUUCCUGAUGAGAGCGUGAAGCUGAGCUGUGGGUUGAACCGCAGCUCUGAAUGGACUUAUACGUGGUACAAAGAUGGACAGCAGGUCCAGGCUGAUAAUGUUGUGUCUUUUGAAUCGAGAGGAGCUACUCUUUCUAUCCAGUCUGCUUCAGCUGCGCAUGCCGGACAAUAUAAAUGCAUGGGAAACUUGAAGCACAGGUCUGUCAGCAGCAGAUUUAGUUCUGGACUCAAUCUCUCAGUAUAUGAUAAGAAACCCACAGUCACACUGAUGCAGGACCCAGACUAUGAUUUGAUGUUCCCUGGGGAGUCAGUCUCAUUUCGUUGUCACAUUAAUAUCUCCUCUGGAUGGGAGUACCUUUGGUACCAAGGCAGCAACCCACUUGGUAUAUCUGGAAACACGUAUAAAAUCAACACUACUAAAACAGAUCAGGGAUUGUACAAGUGCCAAGCAAAGAGAGGCACAGAUCGAGUCUUUAUCACUGAUUUCAGCAAGUCCAUACACCUUAAAGUUGAAGCUAACAAGCCCAAGCCCUCGAUGACUCGACGGCCAGAUGUUGACAAGCUGUACACUGGGGAGUCAGUGUCCUUUGAAUGUAAAGUGGCACAUUCAUCAGGUUGGGAGUAUUUCUGGUACAAAAAUGGAACACAACUCCCUAUCAACAGCAACAUUUUUAACAUAAGUAAUACCGCAUUAUUGAGCACUGGCGUUUACAGCUGCAUGGCCACAAGAAACAAAACAAUGUACAAAACAGAGCACAGCAAUGGAGGGAUUAUACACAUAUAUGAAAUUCCUAAACCAUCUGUGAAGCUUCAGACACAGUGGUUGGAUGUGUUCCCCACGGAGAGUGUGAAGUUGAGUUGUGGGAUGGAUGGCAGUUUUGAUUGGACGUAUACGUGGUACAAACAUGGAGAGAAGGUUCUGACUGAUAAUAAUUUGUCUUUUGACUCGGAUGCAACUACUCUUUCAAUUAGUUCUGCUUCAGCCUUUCACAGUGGACAGUAUACCUGCUUAGGAAAACUGAAGAGCAGGUCUGUCCAAAGCCACUUAAGUUCGGGAUUAACACUCCGUGUUUAUGGUACAAAACCCAGACUCAUUCUGACGCAGGAUCCCAGUCACAGUGUGAUGCACACCAGCGAUUCAGUUUCGUUUAGCUGUCACGUUAAUGUUUCUACUGGAUGGGAGUACCUGUGGUACAAAGAUGCCAGUCUACUCGCAGAAUCUGGAAAGAAUUACACCAUCGCUUCCGUUUUAACAAAAAAUACUGGAUCCUAUAAAUGCCAAACUAAAAGAGGAAGUAAUACUGUGUUCCUCUCGGACGAAAGUCAGACUGUAAAGCUUGACAUUAAAGAGCGUCCUAAGGCUGAAAUAGUCCUGUUAACUGGCUGGUCAGAGGUCUUCUCCACUGACAGCUUAGUGCUCAAAUGUGGAGUGGAAGAAAGCCAGGACACAUGGAACUACACAUGGUUUAAGGAGGACCAACCAAUUGAUCUUGUGACCUCCGAGAGACAUAUAGUGACACCCCAGAAUGACCCUGAGCAGAGCCUGUACACCUGCCAAGGCAUUCGCUCUGGGAGACCAUCUUACUCAGUAAUCAGUGCUCAUUUCAAGACCAAGAAUCUCCUUUUGAAGAGGAGAGUGCUUCUUUCGAUCUCUGGCUGUAUCGUCUUUGGCAUCGUUGCUGUCUUCUUUGGAUGCAUUUUCCUCAAAGUCUUCCGCAAACCAGCCAAAGAUGAAUAUAAACCAGAAGAAGCAGACCUGUUUCUCACCAUGGACCAGCUAAAAAAUCGUGAUGAUGCACCCUGCCCACUGGUUCAGUACAUCACCAAUGAGGAACUGAGUGCUUCACCUAACGAAGGGGAGGAGAAUGGCACACUGUGCAGUGAAACAACACCAUUACCAAUAACCCCGCAGGAGGACCAAGCAGUGACGGCUGAAAAUCAGGAGGCAACAGCAAGCAACGGUGGGCUUGUUUCCUUUAAACAAUGACUCACUGAGGGUGCCUCAGCGUAGAUCUGGUCCAAAAAAAUUGUAUAAAGAAUGUCCUAAGAGUGGCUUCAGGGGAAAGGCCAGGCUGUGUACAGUGGAGCCAUCAUAAGCUCCACUUGGUCAGACUCUCAGCCUUACCUGUGCUUUGACCUGAACGUACUACCAGGCAUUGUUAUAUAAAUGUGUACAGAUUUGUUCUGCAUUGCAUGGUGCUGUUUUUGUAAAAUUGUACAUAAUUUAACACAUGCAAGUGCCAUACAUUUAAGAUAAUCUGUGGAAAAUAUUCAAUUCCUAAAACAAACACCAGAUGCCAGCAGAUAAACCAAAGCCUAUUUAAUGUGUUACAGUAGCUCAGAAAUUAAUGUAAUAGGCAACCAGUUGGCUAUUGUAUGAUAUAUUUAUCUAAACUGAGUUAUGCUACUGAAAAGCCAUUAAUGCAUUUUGUGUUGUGAAAUUGUCAAAAUAAAAAAUACAAAAUGUU